AUGGAUUCCAACCAUUUUCGGGCAAAGAGAAUCAUGGUUGUGGUGCUUUGGAAGCACAAAUUGCAACAAUGUGCAAAGAGGACAGAUGCAAGGCAGAGGAAGUUUUUGUCGUAGGGUUUGUUCCUUGCUACCUGCUUCCAAAUAAAAGGCCUGUUGCCCUUGACUCAUUUCUUGCUCCCUUUAUUGAAGAGAUAGAGAGAGGUUUUAUAGAGGGUGUAGAGGUGAAUUAUUCACUUGAUACUCCGUUGGGGGGAAGCUGGUCCAACCAAGCUAAGACAUCUUAUAUUACUUUGCACAGCUGAUUACCCAGCAAUGUGUGAACUGUGUAAAUCAAAAUUCUGUGGAAAGUCACCUUGUAGAAGAUGCAAGUGUGGCUUCAAGCGUGCAAGUGCAGAAUCAACAACUUAUUAUUAUGGAGACUAUUGUAGGGCAACUAGAUUUCCAUGGUCAAGACGUGUAAUUGAGGAGCAUAUUCUUCAAGAAAUAGAAGAAGAAGAAGAAGAAAGGGCAACAGUGGCAACUACAAGGUCUCAAGAAGUUGGUUUCACAGGUUUGCCUAUUUUGUAUAGAUUAACCAGACUGUAUGGCUUUGACAUUCAGCGUGACUGUGUUAUUCAUGUAAUGCACACAGUUUCCCUUGGAAUUAUCAAACAUCAUUUGUCAUACAUAUUAAAUGAUGAAGCUACUGACAAGAGUGCAUUACAGGAAAGACUACAAAAUUUUCCAUGGAGUCCUGAUUUACGUGCAUCGCGGUACCCCUCAAACAUCAACCGCACUGGCUUUUGGAAAGCAGAGGACUACCAGAAGUUUGCUUUCCCAGCUUCUGAACUAGUAUUAGGGGGUUUAAUUAACUACCAAGAUUAUGAAGUGUGGCAGACACUUCCACGGAUUGUAGAGUUUCUUUACUAUCAAGGGCGAAAUGGAUGGAACAUCGAUUCAGCUACUGUUUUUAAGGACAUGUGUAUUCGCUAUAACAUUUUGCUAGAGGAAAGAUAUGGUCUAUCCAGUUGUCAUUUAGUCAAUCAUCUACUCACACACAUUCAUGAGGAUGUUGUAAAUUUUGGAUCCCCAGAUAACUUCUGGUGUUACGAUUUUGAGAGAUCUGUAGCAAGGUAUAUCUCUAUAUCAAACAACCGUAAAAAUAAUGAACUGACUUUUGCCAGAGCUGAGUUGCGACGGGAUGGUCUGUCUGGUCUAUCUGCUAGAGUGCUGAUGACACACUGUUGUGCAAGUCUGUCGGAAAUGUCUACAGUUGUUGCCUCUAUUCCUUCUGAAAGGAGAGAUCAUGUAUUACCUGAAUUUUUUGUUCUUGGGCAUCUGAAAGGGGUACACUGGAAUGUGAGGGCACAAAGAAAUGAAGUGCUACAAAUUCUGUAUGACGAAAAAGGAAUUACAGCUACUGAUGAUGAUCUGUCUGAUGUUGUAAGUGAGUGUCGCAGCAUUUGUUUUACUCAACAAUGUGGAAAUAAACGGGAGACCUUCAAAGCGGGUGACUCUGUUAUUAUCGAAAGCAUUAAAAAUGGCUUUCAAGCAUUAAGAAUAACACAGAUACUGAGAAUGGAAGUGCUUGAAGAUCAUGAAGUUUUCAUUAUUGGAGAUGCAUUUCAAUAUGUGAUUAGUGACUCUCAGCCUGCUCGCCAUCCUUGGACAAAAUAUCUUGUUGUAGAGACAUCAGGGACUGAACGUGUUUGCCAUGCAUCCAGCAUUAGAAGGCACAUCAUUCUUUGUGAAGAUAGUCGUAAUCUUGCCAGCGAAAGGCAGUUGGUUUGCAUAGAUUAUAAACGCCCUGAUUUUCCAAUUACUUUUGUGACUGUGCCUUCCUGG